CCCUUUCACGGCCCCCUUCCAGGCUGAGGCCCAGACGUCCUUCCAGAGGAACUCAAGAUUGCAUAAUCUUCUUCAACUUCUGAUAUAUAAGAGUCGACUCUAACUCAAUUUCUGCCUAUUUGCUGUUCUGAAGUUCGUCCUCAGUGCAGGUCAACAGCAUAACAGCUUCAGUACGAUGGCUGCCUUUCUUCAUCACUGCCCCUUCUUGAAGUCUGUUCCAAAGCCAGCUUUAAGAAGAACCGGAGCUGCCUUGUUAUCUCUUGCCGACCAAUGUCCAAUCAUCGCUCGGCAGAUCACCGUGAGCGGCACAGCUUCCCUGGAGGCCAAACUGAGUUCCUCACCUACCAAACUGAAUCGCCACCAGCUUCCAACAGUGGAGCAAAAGAGGAGGUUUGCUCAAACUGCCACUCAGGUUGCCGUGUCUGCAUCAAAGAGCUGCCCCUUUGUCAGCUCACAGAUUGGGAUGGUUAAAGCUAGCCCCGAGGUUCAGGAGGAUGUCGAAGAUGGUUUGAUGACCUCCCUGUUGAAAGGUUUAAAAGAGUCCGUGUUUCCAACAUCACAUCAAAUCAUCACCUCUAUCCACCUCAAUAACAACAUGGUUGGACCAAGUUAUGACUAUGACACCUUCUUCAUGGAGAAGAUUGCAGAGAAAAAGGAGGACCACACUUACAGAGUGUUUAAGACAGUGAACAGGAGCGCCAAGCAAUUCCCUUAUGCCGAGGAUUACUCCCAUUCAGGGAGAAAGGGCUCUCAGGUUUCAGUGUGGUGCAGCAACGACUAUCUGGGAAUGAGCCAGCACCCAAAGGUCCUUGGUGCCAUCAGAGAUGCCCUUGAGAAUCACGGUGCUGGAGCAGGUGGGACCAGGAACAUCUCUGGCACCAGCAACUUCCAUGUGUCUCUUGAAAAGGUGCUCGCACAGCUGCACAAGAAAGAUGCUGCUUUGGUGUUUUCCUCCUGCUUCGUUGCAAAUGACUCCACCCUUUUUACUCUGGCUAAAAUGCUUCCAGGCUGUGAGAUCUACUCUGAUGCGGGCAACCAUGCAUCAAUGAUCCAAGGCAUCAGGAACAGCAGGGCCAAACGCUUCAUUUUCCGCCACAACGACAGCCGACACCUGGAGGAACUGCUGCAGCGUUCAGUCCCGAAGACUCCGAAGAUAGUGGCAUUUGAGACCGUGCACUCGAUGGACGGAGGCAUAUGUCCCUUAGAAGAGCUGUGCGAUGUCGCUCAUCACUACGGAGCCCUGACGUUUGUGGAUGAAGUCCACGCUGUGGGUCUGUACGGGGCCCGUGGAGCCGGAGUAGGAGAGAGGGACAACAUUAUGCACAAGAUUGAUGUGGUUUCUGGGACCUUAGGAAAAGCGUUUGGUUGCGUGGGAGGCUACAUUGCCAGCAGCGCCGCCCUGGUCGACACAGUGCGCUCCUAUGCAGCAGGCUUCAUCUUCACCACCGCUUUACCACCAAUGGUCCUGGCAGGAGCUCUGGAGUCUGUGCGGGUCCUGAAGAGUGCCGAGGGGCAGGGGCUCCGCAGGGCCCACCAGAGGAAUGUGAAACUCAUGAGGCAGCUGCUCAUGGACAAAGGCCUGCCUGUCAUCAACUGCCCCAGCCACAUCAUCCCCAUUCGGGUUGGCAAUGCUGAGCAGAACACCAAGGUGAGUGACAUUUUGCUGGAGAGACACAACAUCUACGUCCAGGCCAUUAACUACCCCACUGUGCCUCGUGGUGAGGAGCUCCUGCGCCUGGCUCCGUCUCCCCAUCACGAACCCAACAUGAUGGAGGACUUUGUGGUGAAACUCAUGGAUGUGUGGCAGGAGGUGGGUCUUCCACUCAACAGCCCGGCCACAGCUUCCUGCACCUUCUGUGACCGCCCGCUACACUUUGACCUCAUGAGUGAGUGGGAGAAGUCCUACUUCGGCAACAUGGAGCCCCAAUACAUCACUGUGUCUGCUUAACAACAAAGCACCUGCUGCGCCUUAACACAAGCUGCACAAACAGUAAAGGCAUACCUUUUAAUGAGUCCUACUUUAUCCACACAGACGAACAUAUUGACAGCCAUACAAUUUAUUUAAAUUGUCUUUCACUAAGUAAGACCUAGUAUUUAUUUUUGCUUUUCUGUAUUUUUUGGCAUUUUAAAGAGUGUUUGCUGCCAUGAAUGUAAUUAAAUAAAUGCCUCCCGCAUUUUAAAAACAUGAAA